AUGCACAAUCGUUCUCUUUUCCAACAAAAGUGGCAAGCGAAAAGGGAAACACGCGCUUAUCAUGGUGCUCAACUGACCGAGCGACAGUUUAAGAGGAUAUUUGAACCACGUUUACCACCAACAAAUAUUCGUUUAGAUGGUAAAGGAACUACUGAAAGCAAACAUCCUCAUAUAGCGGUUUUAACUUAUACGAGUCUAGAGAGAAGAUUAGAUUUCAUUAUAUUUAGAAGUUGUUUUGCUAAUAGUAUUUGGGCAGCUAGACAAUUAGUGGUUCAUGGUAAAGUUACCGUUAAUGGAAAAAAG